GCUGCUGUUCCUCAGCGAUGAAAACAAACCGUGUUGGCGGUAUUUUGUGGAGAAAAGCGGCGCUGUUCUAUGAUUUAACGCUGUCCAGACCCAGGCAGGCCUUCGCUAUGCUGUUUAAUGAUGUGUAUCACUCAGUUAACUGAACCAGUGCACAGUUUAGCCCGCCGUACGUCACGCUUAGCGCAGUGCUAGUGUUACUUUGACUAGUUGAAGUGGGCGUCGUUAGCUGCGUUUCUGAGGAAAGAAAGAAAAAGAAAGAAAGAAAAGGUCCAGCGGUGUUUCCCUCCGGACUGACAGUAACUGGAACCACGUCGUGUCAAACCUAGAUAAAGUUAAAGCGAUGGUGAACAGUCAGGUCCCGGGCGGCGUGUGCUCGUCUCGGGCGUGCGCAGGCUGCGGAGGGCGAAUCUCCGACCGCUUCCUGCUCUUCUCUAUGGAGCGCUACUGGCACACGCGCUGUCUGAAGUGCUCGUGCUGCCAGGCCCAGCUGGGCGAGAUCGGCACCACCUGCUACAGCAAAGGGGGCAUGAUCCUCUGCAGGACCGACUACAUCAGGUUGUUCGGGCAUACAGGUGCGUGCAGUGCAUGCGGUCAGUCCAUUCCUGCCAGUGAGAUGGUGAUGAGGGCGCAGGGCAACGUCUACCACCUCAAGUGUUUCUCCUGUGCGACGUGCAGAAACCGGCUGGUUCCUGGCGACCGCUUCCACUACAUUAACGGAACCAUCUUCUGUGAGCACGAUCGGCCGGGGGCCACCCUGCUCAGCUCUCACCUGCAAGGCAACCCUGUGCUGCCUGACCAAAAAGUUUGCUGAAAGCCUCUCCUGCUUCUCCUCCCUCUGUCCCUCCAUCCCUGUGUUUCUCCAGAGGAUCUCUAGCCUUGGAAUCCUUGACAGAUCUUCUGUAUAUGCUCUUCUACUGGUGCACUUAUGCUCUCAAAGGUCAAAAGGUCCCUACAGCCUUGCUCCAUCGCCCCUCCCCCCCUCCCAAAGACAAACCCCUCUGAAAAGACAGGAAGUGCAGAAUUCCUGACAAUAUGCAAGGACUUGCUGUGGCCAGGGUCUAAAGUCUGAUGGACUCUGUGGGAUACUUCAUAUAUUUCAGACUUUUUUAGAUGAUUACGCCCGAACUGAAACAUCCAUCACAGGAAAUCCUACCGGUCACGUCAACUAGCGGAACUCUAAGUGACUUCAUCUUUAAGCAGUACUACAGUGCUUGUGUCUUUUCUUCCUUUUUUCUUUUUCUUUUAAACUCUCUUUUUUUACAUUUCAGGGUGUGGUUUCCAUAGCCAGCAUAAUCACAGCAAAGCUUCAGGACACUGUUCAGGGUGUAGAGAUGUAAAUACUCUUUUGAUAAUGGUGCCGUGCGUUAUGGUCCAAUCAUAUGGUCGACAUGUGACGCUUAUUUAAGAUGUAAAAUCCAAUAAAUGCUUAAAAAAA